AUGGUGAAUUACAACCAAACGUCAACUGACUUCUUCUUAUUGGGGUUGCUCCCACCGUCAAAAAUUGGGCUGUUCUUCUUCUCUCUCAUUAUGCUCAUGUUCUUGAUGGUUCUGCUUGGCAACCUGUCCAUGGUCCUCCUCAUUGUGCUGGACACCCGCCUCUACACCCCCAUGUAUGUUCUCCUGAGCCAGCUUUCCCACAUUGAUCUGAAUUACAUCUCCACCACUAUCCCCAAAAUGGCUUUCAACUACCUGCUGGGGAACAAGUCUACCUUGUUCAUCGGGUGUGGGGUUCAGAACUUCUUCUUCAUGACUUUAGUGGGAACUGAAGGACUGCUGUUAACAUGCAUGGCCUAUGAACGCUAUGUGGCCAUUUGCUUUCCUCUCUACUACCCCACCCAGAUGAGUAAAAGAGUGUGUGUGCUGAUGAUAGCAGGGUCAUGGAUAACAGACGCCAGCAACUCUAGUGCCCACACUGCAUACAUCCUCCAUAUCCCCUACUGUAGAUUCAGAACCAUCAACCAUUUCUUCUGUGACAUUCCAGCCAUGAUGACUCUGGCCUGCAUGGACAUCUGGUUCUACGAGUGCACAGUGUUUGUGAACACCAUCUUCUUCCUCUUGUUGCCUUUCAUGGCUAUCGCAUAUUCCUAUAGCCAGGUUCUCUCUGCCUGCGUUCAAUGGCAGGGAGGAAGAAGGGUUUACUGGACCUGUAGCACCCAUCUCACCAUGGUGACUUUGUUCUACGCACCCUUUGUUUACAAUUACCUAUGCCCAAGAUCCCUGAGAUCUCCAACAGAGGACGUGAUACUGACUGUCUUCUAUACCAUCCUGAUCCCAGUACUCAACCCUGUCAUCUACAGUCUGAGAAACAAGGAGGUGAUGGGGUCCUUGAGGAGAGUGAUUCAGAGAAUCCACUUUGUGAAAAUGUAA